AUGGCAGCUAACCCUGAGAAUCUCAAAACCCCAUUGCUUGGACGCCCUAUUAGUAGUAAUGAUCAGUCAAAACCAGUACUUUUACGCGUGUUCGUGGCGUUGGCCUUGUACCUUGGUGUUGGAACAAUUUGCUUUGUAUUAGUUAGAAGUCAGCUUGAGGGAAAGAAAACAAAUGAUAUAGUGGAUGCCCUGUAUUUUUGUGUUGUCACAAUGAGCACGGUUGGAUAUGGAGAUCUUGUCCCAGCCACCACUCUCGCGAAGCUACUUUCGUGCUUGUUUGUCUUCACUGGGGAAGCCAUGGUCGUUUUGGUUCUUAGCAACGCGGUUGACAACAUUGUUGAAAAGAAUGAAAAUCUUGUGGCAAGAGUUUUUCAUCUCCGCGACAAGGUCACCCCUGCUGAGUUACUUAAAGAGGUAAAAACUAACAAGACUAAAUACAAGUUUUUGAUGGUGUUGUUCUUUCUAGUGUUGCUUAUGAGUUCCGGAACGUUGUUCUUGAAAUUUCAUGAAGGUAUGAGUACAAUAGAUGCCUUCUAUUGUGUUUGUGCUACAAUUACUACACUUGGUUAUGGAGAUGAGAGUUUUGUUACAGCAAAGGGUCGGAUGUUUGGUGUGUUUUGGAUAUUGAGCAGCACCAUUUGUUUAGCUCAGUUCUUUUAUUGCUUAACUGAACUUUAUUCAGAGAGGAGGCAAAGAUAUUUGUUGAAACGGGUUCUUGGUAGGAAGCUUACUUUUGCUGACAUUGAAGCAGCUGAUCUUGAUAAUGACAAUGUUGUCAGUGUUGCAGAGUUUAUUAUACUGAAGCUAAAAGAGAUGGAGAAGAUUACCAAUGAGGAUGUCACUCUUUUAAUGGACUGCUUCAAGAAUUUAGACGUCGAUAAAUCAGGAACACUGACAACAGCUGACAUUAUUAACACAGUCUAA